AUGAAGGGGUUUCUCAUUUUUUCGAUUGUUCUCUUCUUGGUUUUUGUUGAUGGAGCUGUUUUGUUAAAAAGAGAUGGCAACGAGUUGAUCGGAAAUCAAUUUGGGGUUGCGGUCAGUUUAAUUUUAUCCAUAUUACUUUUUUUGACUACGGAAUUAAUUGAAGAAUCGAAGUAGUGUCUGUUUUUGUGACAGGAAGAUAAUUCAGUUCAGUGAUUAUUUUCAGUAGUCAAAAAUAUAUGUGCAGAGAAAUUGAAACGCAUGAUUUUUCAGAAGACAGUUUGCGAAUUUCUCGUAUCAGAACUAAAGGAUUAUGCCGAAUUAGACGAACCAGAAAUACAAAGAGAGGCGGAUAAAUUAGUUAAAGCAUUGCCUUCGGCUUUAUGUAAUUUUUACGGGGCUGUGAACUUCAAAAGUGGGAUUUAG